AUGACUCCCCAAGCCCUCCUCCUCCUCCUCCUCCUCCUCGCCGCCGCCGUCGCCGUCGCCGCCGCGUCCGCGGCCCCGGAGAACGGCGCGGCGAACGACCUGCUCCCCAAGUACGGACUCCCGAAGGGCCUCAUCCCGGACUCGGUCAGCUCCUACACCUUCGACGAGGCCACGGGCGACUUCGAGAUCCACCUCGCGGGCACCUGCUACGUCCGCUUCGGCGACCACCUCGUCUACUACGAGAAGGCCCUCCGCGGCUGCCUCUCCAAGGGGCGGAUCACCGGCCUCGCCGGCAUCCAGGCCAAGAAGCUCUUCCUCUGGGUCUCCGUCUCCGGCAUCGUGGCGCACCCCGAGGAGGGCACACUCGAGUUCCAGGUCGGCUUCGUCUCCGAGGAGCUCUCCGCCUCGCUCUUCGACCGGGUGCCCGCCUGCGGCGCCAGCGCCGGCGCGCAGCUCCGCGGCGUCGCCGGGGUCAUCCAGGAGCUCGGCCUGCUCCCCGUUGCAGAGGACGGUUGUGAUUGGGGUGAGAACAUUUAG